AUGAGCGAAUGGAGUGCUGCCGCCGCUGCGCUCACCUACAACGUCAUCAUCAAGAUGUGCGCACGCGCCGGCCAAAAGGACCUCGUCGCGCGCGUGCUUGAGCGCAUGCUCUCCUCCGGCCUCGCCCCCUGCGCCACCACUUUCCACUCCCUCGUCGCCGCGUUCGUCGGCUUUGGUGACAUCACCAUGGCGGAGAGGAUCGUGCAGGCGAUGCGGGAAGAGCGCAAAGACAUAUGCUCACUACCCAGGGCUGUCGCUAUGGAUUGCGACGGUGUGACUGACGUCGAGGAGGGUGCCGCGCUGCUGGACGGCAUUGUUGCCGGGGCCAAACAAGGACAGGGCUCAGAUGAGGUGCCGCUGCUCCCCAAGGCUUAUCCGCCCAACACCAGGGUGUACACCACGUUGAUGAAGGGAUACAUGAACGUAGGCCGCGUCGACGAUGUCGUGGUCGUGCUAUGCGCGAUGCGGCAAGAGGCGCUGACGGUACCCGCAAGCCGGCCGGACCAUGUGACUUACACGACGGUGAUAUCAGCGCUUGUCGGUGCGGGCGAUGUGGCGCGCGCGCACGCCGUGCUAGGCGAGAUGGCCACGGCCGGAGUUCCAGCCAACCGUGUCACCUACAACGUCCUGCUCAAGGGGUACUGUCAGCAGCUGCAGAUCGGCAAGGCCAGGGAGCUCUUUAAGGAGAUGGUGACGGACGCCGGCAUCUAG